AAAAUUUCAAUCCCUAAGCAGAUAAGGCUGCACUCCACAUACAUACACAUAUUCAGCUCAUCUUCAACAGAUAUCAAAUCAUUUCCGAAUCGCUGCAUCAAUCUCUCCAAUGAUGUCCUCCAACUUUCUUCCUCAGACGUUGUUCACGGUCCCCAGAUGUUCGGCGCAAUGCCAGCCGAGGAAAUUGGCGCUUUCAGCACUCUCUUUGCGGCGCCCCGGAUUGGUUGUAGCGCGGCCUUUUGGAUUUAAUUUCGCGGAGAAGGAUAAAAAGUUGUCUUUUUUGGUGAGGGCUGAAACCAAUCCUGAAGCAGAAGCGGUAGUGGAAGAGAGCCAGGAAAAUGUGGAUAUUGUGGAGUCUGAAGAGGCUGAGGUUGAGAAGCCGCCUUUCAAACCUAGGAUAAAGCUCGGCGACAUAAUGGGGAUACUAAACAAAAAGGCAAUUGAAGCGUCAGACAGUGAAAGGCCUAUCCCAGAUCUUCGCACAGGAGAUAUCGUGGAAAUCAAGCUGGAAGUUCCAGAAAACAGACGAAGAUUGUCUAUAUACAAAGGUAUAGUUAUAUCGAAGCAAAAUGCUGGCAUCCACACAACAAUUCGCAUUCGACGUAUUAUUGCCGGUGUUGGAGUUGAGAUUGUGUUCCCAGUAUAUUCACCGAACAUCAAAGAGAUAAAAGUACUCAAGCACCGGAAGGUGAGGAGGGCGAGGCUCUACUAUUUGCGCGACAAACUUCCAAGGCUCUCCACCUUCAAGUAGGAAAGAGCAUCUGUUGAUCAGCACCAACCUUAGAUCUGUAUUCCGUGUAUCUCUACAGCCACAAAGCAAAGCAUGUAGCUUCUCUGGUAAGUCUGUAGCUUUUUGUGUACGAGCUAGCUUCAGUUAAACUGGUUUUGAGUUUUGGUUGGAUGUGCAUUCCUUUGUAUAAAUGAAUGAUAUUUUUGUUCAACUUACUUUAAUUUAUGGGCAGGACCAAUUAAUAGCA